UCUUCGCACGAGAACGUAAAGAAUGAUGAAUCAAUGAACGGCAAAUGUCUCUUGUGAUGUCUGAAGGUAAGCAUAAUAUAUAAUUGAAUUUAUUCUACUCGUAAUUUUAAACUCACGCAGUAUCUCUGCACAGAGAAAUAUUCGUGACUGAAGCAAGCCGUACCGAAAAUUCGCAUCGUCUGCUAAAGUGUCUACCGCGCAGGCUCGAGCAACAUGGCUACCACAAAUAUUUUGUUGUGGAUUUCCUCGGAAAGUAAGGAUUCGAUCGAUAUUCGUAGAUGUCUGCUAGAUUUUUUAGUGAGAAGCGUUUACGGUACCUGGUGACGAUGUUGGAGUGUUACGAGGUACAAUAGAAGCCCAAAGUGUUGUCAGUUGUCACGAUUCUUGUGGAACAUCGCAGUGAGGCAUGUUUUCGAGUUGAAAUGGCCCUCCUUUCACGCAGCCCUCCAUGGUGACCAUAAUGAACGCGAGCGGAGCCGGUGAGCCGCUGGCCAUCGCGGUGGGGUCCAGCAACAUGGUGUCGGACGACGAGGACGGCUGCAUGUCGUCGCCCGGCUCCCCGCAGUUCGACGACAGCGGGGACCUCAUGGCGGCUGCUAUGGGCGAUGAGGUCACCGCUCAGUUGGCGGCUGCAGGGCCAGUCGGUGUGGCAGCAGCUGCUGCAAUCGUCUCCGCAAAGAAACGUAAACGUCCACAUUCAUUCGAAACAAACCCCUCUAUCAGGAAGCGACAGCAGAACAGGCUGUUGAGGAAGUUGCGACAAACUAUCGAUGAGUUUGCAACACGGGUGGGCCAGCAAGCCGUGGUGGUGGUCGCAACUCCAGGGAAACCUCAGAACAGUUUCAAAGUGUUUGGAGCAAAACCCCUGGAAGAUGUGAUGAAGAACAUCCGAGCGAUGAUCAUGGAGGAGUUGGAGUCGGCGCUUGCACAGCAGGCCCCGCCUCCCGUGCAGGACGACCCGUCCCUGUACGAGCUGCCCCCGCUGAUCAUCGACGGCAUCCCCACCCCGGUGGAGAAGAUGACGCAGGCGCAGCUGCGAGCGUUCAUCCCGCUCAUGCUGAAGUACUCCACGGGGCGGGGCAAGCCGGGGUGGGGGCGGGAGUCCACCCGGCCCCCGUGGUGGCCCAAGGAGCUCCCGUGGGCCAAUGUGCGGAUGGACGCCCGUACCGAGGAGGAGAAGCAGAAGAUCUCGUGGACGCAUGCGCUGCGUCAGAUCGUGAUCAACUGCUACAAGUACCAUGGCCGGGAGGACCUGCUGCCAGCGUUCAGCGAGGACGACGAAAAGCCCGGCGUGUCGGGGGGCGGCGCCGGGACCGGAACGGUGGGCACCGUGCUCAAGUUGCACGGCCACAAACUGCAGCCGGCGGGCCCCGCCCCCGGGGUCGUCCAGUCGACGGUCACUCAACUGACCGCGGCGGCUUCCCCCCUUGCCACCUCGGCACAGGUGGCAGCACAGUUUGCGCCUACAGUGCUGCAGACGAUAAGCAAUCCCGACGGCACAGUCUCCAUCAUCCAGGUGGACCCGAACAACCCCAUCAUCACGCUGCCCGACGGCACCACCGCGCAGGUGCAAGGGGUGGCGACGACGCUGGCAGAGGUGGCCUCUGCGCAGGCUGAUGGGGGCGUGACCGUCGACCUCAGCAACGUGACGGAAGCAACGCUGAACCAGGACGGCCAGUUGAUCCUCACCGGAGAAGAUGGACAUGGUUACCCGGUGUCUGUAUCUGGCAUGCUGACGGUACCGGUGUCAGCAUCCAUGUACCAAACAGUGGUGGCAAAUCUGCAGCAGAUCCAUCAGGGAGAUGGUACCAUACAGAUGGAGGACGGAGUGUUCCAAGUGGUGACACCCAUGGUCCAAGUGCCGAAGGUGGAGCCGUCCAACGGCGGUGACGGCGUCGACACCAUCACGGUCACGCCGCAGCUCAUGGGCGCCACCCACCAGGUGGUCACCGUCGGCAGCGAACCUCAGGUCCUGCAGGUGCUCUCGCUCAAGGACACCUCCGCCUUGCUCUCGUCCAAGCCGGACGACGGCUCGCCUCAGCCCGUGGACGUUAAGGACGAGGCGGCGGGGGCCGGCGCGGCCGACCCGUAGACGUCGCCGCAUUCCCCCCCUCUUGCCAGACUUGGUGCGGUUACGUACGUGGCAUGUUCCUUGCACGUAUGCUGGUCUCUUGGGGCUGAGUGUAUCGCCAACUGUGAUAAAUUUUAUUUUAAUGCAAGUUCAUUGCAAAUACUGGUACAUAGUACAAUAGAGGUGUACAUACAUAACACUUAACUGGAAAAUAAUUAAGUUUUAAUGUAUUGAUUUGACAUACUUAUUUGUGUUGAUUGGUUUUGUUUAGAUUGUUGUUCCAGAAUUGCAACAUAUUGUGUUGCAUAAUUUAAAAACAUUGAGUUUUCAGAUUAUAACAUUGAUACUGCUAAAUGUUAUAAGUCUUGUUGGUUCUUUUUUCCCCCCCUUUUUUUCUUCAGAAUAUAUAUUUUAUUUAUAAAUUUUGCUGCUCAACUUGCUGUUGGCCACAUAAGGUUUUUGAUUUAUAAUUAUUUAUUUAUUUUGGUUUCAUCCUCCUCUUUCUGAAAUUUAUUUUUGCUCUAUUUCAUUGGAAGAACUAUUUUAACAUUUUUGAGGACAUACUGCAGAUUAUAUUAAUAAGGGGAAGAAAGAAUAUUGUAAGGCUAUGCAAAAAAAAACAUAUAAAACAUGAUUACUGUUACAAAAUAAAUGAAAGUAAGAACAUUGCUGCAGAACGAUAUAAUUUAUAAAACUGAAAAAAGGAAUUUGUACAUUCAUAUUUUUUGGGGUGGUGUGAAUACAAUAUGUUCCAAUGUUCAUACAAUUGCUAAUAAAUUUAUUUUUACAGUUAAUAUUUACUGAUUUAAAUUUUCAAAAUUAUGAAAUCACACGAAAAUUAAGUUAAAAGUAAACAUUUGUUACUAUGUGAGCUUAGCCACAGUAAAAUUUCAACUAAAUUCUAAGUUUUUUAAUUGGUAAUUUUUCUUAUAACUACUGUAUUUUUAUUUAAUUUCAUCUUACAGCCAGGUUCAUGUAUAUUUGAGUGUCUUAAUUUGAAAUUUUCUUAUAAUAAUGAUUGUCAUAUUCCGUGUUCUUUUUUUUCUCUCGGAUCUUCCUUACAUUUAAGGAUGUUUUACUUUAGGUUAACUGUUAUUUCAGUUUGACUUACAUUUUGUUAUACAUUUCAAUGUACAUUUUGUUUGAGAUAUUCUUAUAAUUUAUAAUCUGCCAUAUUUUUUGGCAGUGGUGGCCAACAUUUGUACAGAGAGUUCCUCUACACUUGUUCGAGAUUUUAAGAACUCACUCCAAAAAUGGAAGGUUUCGGAAAGUACUUUUGAGCUUGGUUGUGUAACAUAAACAAAAAUUAAAUUAUUUAUGUGUGUUAUAUAUAUAUAUAUAUAUAUAUAUAUAUAUAUAU